AUGGUGCGCCUGCUCCUCUUUGCCGGCACGCAGUCGCCGCUGCCCGUGCGCUACCCGCACCCGGACAAGCCGCGGCUCGCGCUCCCGCCGCUGGUGCACCGCUCGCUGCACACGGCGCUGGACGCGGCGCCGCCGUCCGCGCUCUUCGCCGACGGCCUCCUCUCCAUCCCCCAGCCGGGGAGUCUGCACAAGCACGCGCGCGACGCCGACCACGACGCGACCGUCAAGGUCCAGGUGUAUGCGGGGGGCGAGUAUCUCCCCGCCAUCGAGGAGGCGCUCGGCACGCUCGCGCGCGUCAAAGGGCUGAGCGAGGUCGAGACGGGGUUGGUGGGCCUGCCGGCCGGCACAGGGGCGGAGGAGUGGAAUGCGGUGUGGGAGUCUUUGGGCGGCAUUCGUGGCGCGACCGUCGCGAAGUGGGGCACGAUCGGGCUCGACGCCGACCAGCUGUCCAAGUUGAGCAGCACGCCAGCGGUCAACGAGCUGAAUGUUACCGACUGCGCGACGCUGCCGAAGGAGUACACGGCGUUCGCGAAGGAGAAGGGCAUCCAGCUGUGGGCGAGCGGGGGCGGCGCAGGACCUGAACCACUGCCCUCCGCAGACCUGCACAACCUCCUCUCCGAAUUCCAGCCCAAGCUGGCCGCCCUGGCGCCCGGCGCGCGCACGGCACCACUGGCCCAGCUCGUCGCCGUUACCCCGGAGGGCACAUACGAGGCCGCGGCGCCGGGCGUGCGUGUGCGCUGGGUUGUGUCGUACACCCUCGUCUCGCGCUCGCGGAACAUCGUCAAGGACAAGGGAUACAUUGUCGCGGCCGACUUUGCGUAGAGAGGUGCAUGUGUGCUAUAUG